AUGGACCCGGGAGCGUCUCAAUACGAGAAACUCCUAACGCAAUGCAAAUCUAAUGAUGUUGAUGCAAAAGUAGAUGCCCUCACGAAACUACAAGCAUACUUGGAAAGUGGGAGCCCCGAAUUCCAGGACCCAGACGCUCUUAUUAGCAUCCUGAAAGCAUCUUUACGAACUUCCAAUCUCCAUCUCACAAAUGCUACUUUAUCUGCCCUACCUGCUAUUCUCCCACAUAUUAUUACUCGUCCUUCCAAUGCUUUUGUUCGCUCAAGUACCCCUGUGCAAAACUCAUCUUCCACAUCCUCCGUGUCGCCGUCGGGAACGAUAGAUUCAAGUGCCCUUCGUUCAGCAUUGGUUGCGUUCUUACCACCAGGCGGCGUGAUUGAUCGGCUAGGUGAUAAAGAAAAGGCACAGGCCAAAGCUCGGGAGACCCUCGUCAUCCUCGGAGGGUACGCAUUCAGGGUUGGAGGGACCAAUCCUCUGUCCAAGUCAGGAAAGGGUAUAGAGCCGCCUAUAGCGAUCUUUGAGAGAUUUAUCAAAGAGGGGGGUUUGGCGAGCAAGGUGUGGAAAGUCAGGGAACAAUCCAUUCUCACUCUAGUUCACAUUCGACGCAGCCACCACCUCUUUCCUAUUCGACCGUAUGCCACGCUUUUGGUGGACUGUUUGGAAGAUACAGACCCACAUGUACGCGAUUGUGCGCGUGUCUCAGUCGUGGAGCUAUUCUCAGGGCCUGGGGUGACCGACGCGGCGCGUGCAGAUCUCAAGAAAGAAAUGACCAAGAAAGGCGUACGCAAGACAAUUGUUGAGAGUGUGCUUUCGAAGCUUCUUAGCAGUAGUACGGCCUCGAACACUCUUCCAAGUAACGAGGAAUCCGGGGACGGAGACGCGCUUAAUGGAAAGAAAGAAUACAUCCCUCCCAGCCUUGCCUUACAGGGAAAGAGGCCUCGAGUUGCCAGCCAAAACGCCAGCAUGUCUAGAUCUGUCAGUUCAACAAGCGUAAAGGAGGUUUCGAGACCACCGAGCCGAGCAAACGUAGCUUCUCCUCAGCCUCCUCAAACGCCUAUAUCAGAAAGUUCAGAAAUUCAGCCUGUAUAUAUUGCCUCUGCCCGAGAUUUAGAAAACGAAUUCGCGGCUAUGCUUAAGCCUUUUGACGGGAAAGAAACUGAACACAACUGGGCCAUUCGAGACCAAGCUAUACAACGGGUGCGCGGCAUGCUUCAAGGUGAAGUUCACGUUAGAUACCAGGAACAAUUCUUGGCGGGAUUGAAAGAUAAUUUCAUCAUGUGGUCCACGAAAACUCUGGCCAGUCUGAGGACAACUGUCGCAUUGAAUACUUGCUCUCUGUACUCUGAGUUAGCGAUAGCACUCGGACCGCUUCUGGAUCCUCACUGUGAAGUACUUCUGACAAAUCUUCUCAAAAUGGCGGGAUUUACGAAGAAAAUCACGGCACAACAAUCUCAAGUGACAGUGGGGACAAUUAUCACCUACACGUCUCCUCAACCAAGACUGGUCAUACCUCUACUUUGGAACAGUCUGCAAGAGAAGACUUUACAAUCGCGAGCUUUCGUUGUUGGACACUUGAAGCAUUAUCUUGAAACCCAUGGUACUCGUUCCAAGGCCGCGAUUGAUGCAAAUAAUCUGACAGAGACUUUGGAGAAGUCUCUGAAAAAAGCGUUGGCCGACCCAAGCCCAGCUGUCAGAGAGACCGCGCGUCUGCUGUACUGGGUAUUCCAUGAAAUAUGGCCUGAACGUGCCCAAACUAUCAUAGAAACACUGGAUGCCACUGCCCGUAAACAGGUCGAAAAAGUGUGCCCUAUUCCGGGCGGCCAGGCGGCUCUGCCCCCUACCACGCCCAAGGUCACGAAGAAAUCCAGUGUGGCUGCUGCCAUAGCUGCCAGCAGGGCGAAAGCGAAAGCUAUUGCUACUGCUCCGCCUAGCCUCCGUCAUCAAGCUACCUCUUCUUCACAUGCAGCAGCAGCACCAAGACGCGAAACCUCCCCAAACGCUUCAACCAGAAGUCCUCCUGCGCGCCCAGGUUCUCCUUUAAGGACUUCCACGUCACCGCCAUCUGUUAAUCGCCGUGUUGUUUCUGCAAGUAUAAGCAGGACUACUAGUGCGCCGGUAGUUAACUCUGCCUCUCACAGCCGAACGUCGUCCAGUGUUUCUGAGAAAAUGGCUAGAGGUCCUUCGCCAUCCUUGGUAGACCAGGACAGCAAGCGCAGACGACUAUCCUCUCCGUUAACAGGUGGUAUUCCAGGCUCGGGUUCUCGGAACUCUUUGUCCAACAAUGUGUUGACUGCCGCGCAACAAUCAUCGACUAAACCGCCAGUUCCCGUGGCUUUAGGGCAUCUAACCCAAACUGUCCACGAAGGAACCAAAAAACAUUCUCGUCAAUCUUUGUCCAGGAUAUUUGGGCACGACGACGACGAACUCCUCACGGCACAAACUGUACCUAUCCCAGAAGAUAGCGAUUCGGAUAACUCAGUCAAUCUUAUGUCCUUCUCCCACUCUCUUCACGCUCAAACACCUGCGAAGUCCCCUCCACACUCAAUUAAAACCCAGACGAUGUCACCUGUAUCAGAUCAUCAUCCCACUGGGUCCGUAUCAAAUGCCCUGUCUUCUGGAUCUUUAUCAGAUAUGGUCACGAAUCAGAUGCCUAUAGUCGAAGACGCUCUUCGAGCACGCGCAGAGCAGGCCGAAAGCGCAGCAGAAAGGCUUCUCGAGCUCGUUGAGCCUGAAGAUGAUCCUAUGAAUAGUCACCCAAGCAUUCCAUCUUCCUUGCUUAAAUCAGGAAAUGGUCCUGUGCAACCAAACACUAAACCAAAAACAAAACCAACGCCUCUUCCUGUGAUUCGCGGCAAACCCGUUCCUGUAACUCCAAAUCAUCGGGCCAGUGUUGUUAUGAGACAGGCAGCCCUUUUUGCAGACAGUCCUGCGAGAGGCCCUCAACCAUCACUGUUGGAUGUGCUGCAGACCCAAAAGCAAGACAACGGUUGGUGGUUAAAACGCAAAAUAUUGUUUUCUCAAGUUGCUCCAACCAAGUCCGCAUCCAGUGCACAGGAAAUGGACAACCUUAUCUCUCAGCUGGACAACGGAGAUGCCGAUGUACCGGCGCUUCAGCGAUUAGCGGUUAUCUGCAUGGAAAAUGCAGUGGCUGAACCGAAUUCUCCUUUUAUGAGCAAUGGCAGCCAUCCAAGCAGUCCAUCUCCUACGGUUGCCCGUUCAUUCCCUGCUCUGCAUGUGGACAUUUGGGAGAAAAACAAAACUUUCGAAAGGUUAUUCAUAUCAUUAAUGAAGUACCUAGAACCAACCAGGACUGAAGAUGAGCUCUCAUACGGGCUCAUUGUGGUCUGGGAGAUGCUCGAAGGUCAGUCAACAUAUCUCGAAGGAAAAGAAGGAGAUAUUUUCUCGAUGAUUUUGAGGGUUAGAUACUGCAACAAACUCAACGUUCUCGAAGGAACAAAUGCCAUCCGGGAUACUCUGACAUCCAAAAUAGACCCCGUCUAUGGGCUGACAACUAUGCAUGCCAGCCUUCGGGUUUUCCAUUCGGAGCCUACCCCGGUUGCAGACAGUGAAGAGGUCAAAGCAGCGACAUAUGCAUUCGGAUUAAUGGCUCUUGGGAAAUUUAUUCUACGCCUACCGGCAGAGAUAGCAGAGGAAGAACUUCCGCGUCUUAAAGCAACUUUAAUUCAUUCUUUGAAUGACAAAACGUCACUUAUCGUGCGAGAAUCUGCUGCUGCUGCUAUAAUUGCAGCACAACUUGUCCUAAGAGACGAAACGCACCUUUUUGCACUCCUUGAUGGUCUUGCGGACGACAAGAAAAAUCUCUUGACCUAUUUAUUCGAUAAACACGGUGCUCGGGGUUCAGGACUGAACGGCGCAACCGGUAUGGAUAAAUUAGAGAAAGAAAUCAGGAGGCUCGACACGCGCACCAGCACACCGCUUCGAAGUGCACAAGGGUCAUAG